GCGUGAUGUCAGUCUGGUGCCACUAAUCUCGAGCAAGUUUAAUUUUCGACUGGCAAGCGGUUGGUGACGACGACGCGACGUGGGUUUUUGUUUACUUUUUCCUGGAGUGAAUCAUGCGAGACGACCACGAAUUGAACAUUAAUUUCGUAGCCCUUGUAGAGGCAUAUCCCUGUCUGUAUGACAAUACACGGGAGGAUUCAUAUGAUCCAUGUGCAAGAACGGGCUUGGGCGAAAAUUGCAAAAGACAUUGGGGAAGGAGACAGACAGUUUGGAAAAAAUGAUUCUGGAGAUCCAAAGCAAAAAACUCAAAAGAGAAGUGUAUCCAGUUCGUCAGUACCUAGUGUAAAUAAUCCUAAAAGAAAUAAAACUACUCCGAAUCAAAUAUCUUUGGCAGAUGUUAACAAAUCUGCUUUGAAUUUUUUGAAAAAAAGAAGCAAGCACCGUAUAAACCACCUGCUUUCACUAAUGAUGAUGCCGAUGUGCAGUUUUUUGUUGAGUCUAUUGCCCGAUUUAAAAAAAAUGACAGACAAGCAGAAAAGAAAAUAUAAAGUGGGAGUCCUAAAUCUUGCCGGUGAAAUCUUGGAUGAGCCUGUAGUGUCCUCAUAUCUCUGCACCUCUCUUCUCCCCCAACGUCUAGUUAUUAUCGCUUGCUGCAGACAGCAUACCUUCUACCCGUUCCUCUUCAGCAUGUACCAGCUCUAUUCGACCUCAAUGUGA